UGUCGCAUUCCCCUGCGCAUCACCAGCGCUAUGUUUGUGAUGAGGCGGGAAAUGGCGUCCGCAGACAUGUUUGGUCUGUGACUAGCUACCGAGCGACGGACAACAACCGCGGCCCGACCUCUACCGGUGGCCGCGGCCGAGAGCUGUACGAGGAGCCCACGAGAUCAUCCAUUUUUCUAUGUGACGUUGGAGCAUGAUGAAGCUGAGAGUGCGUAAAGCUCCUCAGCAGCCGAACUUUGGCCGUCGAACCCACCCGUCCCAGGCCAAACGGAAACACCGUGAAGUGGAGCCAUCCCCGGUGAGAGGUCGAGGCAAAAUGCAGAAGAAUGAAACAGGCCUUUUCUCCACUAUAAAGAAAUUCAUCCGCGGAAAUGCUGUCAAGGUGGAGCAGGAUAUACCCGCAAAGAGGAGUCGUCUUGAUUGUAAUCCUGAGGGUGAUCUAAUUACUUCAACACCACAGACCAGAGGCCUUUCCAACAAAACAGUCUCCAGAGUUUGCCGGAAAACUCCAGACAAAGACACAAUGACCUGCAACAGUAAACCCAUGAAACCGAACGGUAAACUGGAGGCCCCCGUUGAGGCAGCGAGCAGCCCACCACGCACCACCCUGCUCGGCACCAUCUUCUCUCCAGUCUUUAACUUUUUUUCACCAGCAACUAAAACUGCCACUCCUGGUUCAGACUCUCCUGGCCAAGCUAUGGAGGCAGAGGAAAUCAUCAAACAGCUGGACAUCGAGCCGGCAGAAGAAAUGCCAAGUAGCACCCUCACAUCCACCGAGGGCAUCACUCCGUGUCACACUGCCCCGAUGUUACCGCAGAGGCUUCAGAUCGCCUCUGAUCCAUCCAUAGAAGAAGGACAAAUAGUCACUGAAACUGACAUGCCUCCAUUAACGGCUCCUGGUUGUAUGCCAGAUGGUGGUUACCCACACGCGCUACCUACAGCUCCUCCAGAAACCUCAUAUGAAGAGGAAUGGGAAGUUUUUGAUCCGUACUUCUUCAUCAAGCACGUGCCUCCACUGACAGAAGAGCAGUUAACACGCAAACCAGCGUUACCUUUGAAAACACGCAGCACACCAGAGUUUUCUCUCGUCUUGGAUCUGGAUGAAACUCUGGUCCACUGUAGUUUGAAUGAGCUAGAAGAUGCAGCCCUGACAUUCCCUGUGCUCUUUCAAGAUGUAAUAUACCAGGUGUAUGUUCGGUUGAGGCCCUUUUUCCGCGAGUUUCUUGAGCGCAUGUCUCAAAUGUAUGAGAUUAUUCUCUUCACUGCUUCAAAGAAGGUGUACGCCGACAAGUUGCUCAACAUCCUGGAUCCGAAAAAACAGUUGGUCAGACAUCGGCUUUUCCGUGAGCACUGUGUGUGUGUUCAAGGAAAUUACAUUAAAGACCUAAACAUUCUCGGACGGGAUCUUUCCAAGACUAUAAUAAUCGACAACUCACCCCAAGCCUUUGCCUAUCAGCUUUCCAAUGGAAUCCCUAUUGAGAGCUGGUUUGUGGAUAGAAAUGACAACGAGCUUCUGAAGCUUGUUCCUUUCCUCGAGAAGCUUGUGGAACUGAAUGAAGAUGUCAGACCGCACAUCCGAGAGCAGUUUCGUUUGCACCACCUCCUUCCUCCAGACUGACCUCGUGUUCGUCUCUCAGUUCAAAAUGGUAUCAACAUUGGAAAGAAACAAACAAACAAAAAAAAAGGACUCCCAGAAGAAUAUACUCAACGGAUUUCUCUUUGCAAACAUUGCCAUUGUUAUUUUUUAAAAUUAUGCAAAACAUUGAAAGUUAUGAUUGACUCAAAAAAAAGCCCUGGAUGUUUUUAUACAAACAAACCCUCAAACCAGAUUCGGAUCAAACGGAUCGGUUCGCUGCGGCAGACUAUUCCGCUUUUCACUUGUUUGUUUUUAAUGCGACUUUGAAGGCGACCCUCCUGGAAGGUAUUUUGUCUUUUGAGAACCAUUUUGGAUUGACAAACCUGAAUGUCAUGCAGUGUUGGAUCAUAUGGACCUCGGUGGCUUCAGCCUGACCUUGAACGGCCAGUCAAACCUGUAUAAUAUUCACUCUAUUUACUUGUAAAUACAUGUACAUAGGUUUUAUUGUUUUGUUUAAGGGUUUCAAGUCUUUUUAUUUUCAUUUCAGAUUUUAGUAUGUAUUCUUUGAUUCGGUUGCUUUUUAUAAACCAACAAAAUGUUAGUGUGUUUUGUUUGAAGUUGUUGAUAAACAGCUGCUUUUCUGUUGUAUGCCUGCAUUAUUCCUGUGAUGCUUUACUCCAUUACAUGCAGUUGUCUGUAAUAAGGUGCAGUUAAAAAAAAAAAAAAAGGAUCUUUGGGAGGAAAAUGUUUCUGAAACUAUAUUUUAAAGUAAUGUAAUGUAAGCUAGACUUGGGUCUCAACUGAAUACAGAGCCAUGAUGGCUGAAUUAUAAUUUUAGAGAUUUGUAUCUGACAGUCCAUUAGGGGGGGUUUAAGGCAUCUUGCACUUUGACAUCCAGCCCUUUGUAAGUUGAUGUAAAAUCUUGUCACUUUUCUAUACAGGUGUGAAUCGCCUCAAUUUGUUAUGUGGGGGGGAAGAGAAUGAAAUUGUAGCACCAGCAAAUUGCCAACAUGUUUGCUUUUAAAUCUUGUUUUCCAAGACGUCUUGUAUGUGGGAUCUUUAUGAUGUAGGAGUCACAUGUUUUAUUGACUAUUGAAUGAUCACUCCUGUUGUAUUCAGUGUUACUCAAUGGUUUCCUUGAAAAUAAAUACAUUUUUAUAUGA